AUGCCUAAGAACAGCAAAGUGGUUAAACGAGAAAUAGAUGAUGAUGUCAUCGAGUCAGUUAAGGAUCUCCUAUCUAACGAAGACUCUGUGGAAGACGCUUUCAAGAAAAGCGAGCUGUCGGUUAAUGACUCGGACGACAAAGAUGUAGAUGUGGAAGAGGGAUCUGAUGUGGAAGAUGAGAGACCAGCUUGGAACAGCAAACUUCAGUAUAUUCUGGCACAAGUUGGAUUUUCUGUAGGUUUGGGGAAUGUGUGGCGAUUCCCUUAUCUGUGCCAAAAAAAUGGCGGAGGUAAGGCUCUAUAUUUACUCGCUGGCUUUGGUUAUGUAAAGAUUGUGACUGUUGGUCCCUGUAGUCUGUGAAUCCCAUUUUUACUCUUAUAGUAAUCAAUGCUGUCUCCCAGACACAAACCAGAUGUAACAUCAGCAGAACAAUCCUUCUGGACAUUUAUGGUGGGGGUAAAGUUACUACCACCACUGUUGCCCUACAGGUUUGCUGUGGGCAGGGCAGGAAUGGGGGAGCUUAUUCCUUUCCAUUGGCUAUAAUUGGAGGGAAUUAACAAUGGCAGCCCUAGAUAGAGGGUUGGGCUAUUUCUGUGAGCCAAGGGACUUACCCAUUAGCAUACAUACUUUUUUUUUGCUGGUGGGGAACCACUAAUUUCACUUCCUAUGGCUCCUCAAUAGGUUUUCUAGUGGAACUUGGCUUGUAUGCUAACCUCAUAUUUGAAGUUUUUUUUUAAAAAAUCCGCACUCUAAAUAUUUGCAUUUAGGGCACACUUUUUUAAAAAAUGCAAAUAGCAGCAAUGGGGGCUGAUAAGUAUCAGGAUCAUAGCAGGUAUCAUGUAAGUAUCAGGAUCUCUUUCUAGACACUGGUUACAUCUCUUUCAAGGAAAAAUCUUUUCUGUUCUUGUUUAAAUCAUUCCUAAAAGUAAUAAUUCAUUUGAUAAGUUUUUUCUAGACCACAGAUUGGCACUAUUAACAUGCUUUUUGCUUCAAUUAAGUAAAUUAAUCAAUUCAUCAGCUGAAAGCAAAGGAUUGAUCACAGGUUGAGCCUUCCAAGUUCCUUGAAUUAAGUGAUUUUAUACUGGAGCACACAAAUCUAUCAUUCUGGAUUAUGACUAGAUUAAAACGUGUCCCCGUUGCCAUGUGGGAUCUGAAGUAAAAGAGCUAACAGCAACUGCUACAAGUCCAUAGCACAAGUAAAGAACGGACAUAAAGUUACUUAAUGAACAAAUUCAACACCAGUCAGAAUUACAUUAAUUCAGAAACAAACUGCAUUGCAGGAUUGUAGCCUUAAUUUUAGUGCUGCUGCCAUGGAUAUGCUACAAUUGAUUCUAAACCUGCACACUGUCCACAACAGUUUGUGGCCACCAAAGAACAAAUUGGGGUUGUCCCCAGCCCUGAAUUAGCUCCCAGAGUUGUAGGGUGGGGAGAGAAAGUUAAAAAAAACACACGUUAGGAUAUGCCGCUAAAAUUAUUUCAAUAAUUGAUCCCCCCCCCAAGUGCAUUUCCAAAGCUUUACAAUUGAUUUGGCAUUUCUUUUCUUUGCCAGUAUAUGAACUUCAGUUUGUCCUGCAAAUUACUGGCAAUUAUUCUUCCUGUAGCUGCAAAACAGGCCUCCUAAACUUCCUGUUGCUCUUCAGAGUUAUUGGAUUUCUCAUAAUUACUGGCUUGCCCUGCCAUUUCUUCAAAUGGGGACAUUUGCAGAUCAUGUUGCUUGGUUUGCAAUGUCAAUAUGUGGAAAAAAAAAUGUGCCUGGAUAUCGGAGCAAUGCAUGCAGGCAUGUAGAAAGAAAGCACAUUGAUUUUUACAUUACAAAUACUGGAAUAUAGCAACUAAAUAUCUAAUCCAUGGGAAGUAUUGUAUCAAUUCCAGGUUCAGAGUAGACCCAUUGAAAUUAAUCAACAUGACUAACUUAGGUCCAUUAAUUUUAGUGAGUAGGGCUAGGAUUGGGUACAACCAACCACGUUAUUAUUAGAGAGUUGAUCCUAGAACAUUUUGAUCAUUCUCACUUCGUGUUUGAAGCAGUCCAUUUUCAGAAGCAGAAGAAAGGACAAGCUCCCUUGAAUUUGGCCUUGCUUACGCCAGCAAACACUUCUGUUACUCUGGCACAUGCUGCAGUUCAGCAGCACGGGAAUUGUAAUGAAACAACACAGGAAUUGCGAGCAAAUGCAUCACAAGGUUACUUACUCACAAGAAGAUCCAGGAAAGGCCAUGCUGCUCCUUGAGUUAACAAACUGCAAUGAUCCUCAAUAUAAGACUGAUAUGGGCAUCUGAAAAUUGAAAGCAAAACUUCAAAUUAGCUUCUUUUACCCCAUGGUGGUAGGGAAGGGCUCCAGACUACUACAAUCAGCCUUCCACUGAGGAAGCAUCACGGCCUUUUAUGUAAUGCAACAUGAAGGCCUUUACUGCCAAAGUGAUUUCCCCUACAUUAUCUCAGCAAGCAGGUUGGCACCAUUAUUUCCAUACGAUGCAGUUGUCAAAGGGUGAGUGCAUGUGCAUGCACAAGAUAGUCACUUGUCAAAACAUCCACAGCUAAGCUUGUCUCCCCAGCGGUGAUUGCUUUGCAUGGUUAGCGGUGAACAGCUGCUAAAACUACAUAAAAAGCAAGAUCCAUUGAAACAACAGCAAUCAAGAGUUCCAUAUGAAAAGCAGUGUCUGAAAAUAACAGCUGAAAUAGAUAACAUUCGGCUACCUACCAAAGGAAGCAGUGAUGGUGCCUGGUGCAUUUCCAUUUGGCAGGGCAUCCCAUAAAAUCAACACUGUGUCAAAAAUAGCUGUGUGCCCUGUACUCAACAUAUUUGGGAUCAACCUUCCUUAAUUUAGUGCCCUGCAGAUGUUGGAAUCCCAACUUCCAUCAGAUGCAGCCACCAUGGCCAUUGGUCAGGGAUGAUGGAAGGUGUAGACCAGUGAUGGCCAAACAUGGUCCUCCAGCUGUUUUGGGACUACAAUUCCCAUCAUCCCUGACCACUGGUCCUGUUAGCUAGGGAUGAUGGGAGUUGUAGUCCCAAAAAUAGCUGGAGGGCCAAGUUUGGCCAACAACCUCUGGAGGGCACCAGGGUUGCAAACGUUUGCUUUAGGUGAUCAGGGAUAUGGAGAAGGCCAUUCAAAGAAGAUAUAGAAUGUUGGGGGAGCUGAUUAAAUAACCACUUCCCUUUCAGAUCCUGAAUUCACAUGGGAAAUGUAGCAGCAUCAGGCUUUCUUUGGCAAAAUUUAGAUGAAGGUCACUUGCACACACAACAGUGUAGAAGAGUUUGGAUUUGAUAUCCCGCCUUUCACUCCUUUUAAGGAGUCUCAAAGCGGCUAACAUUCUCCUUUCCCUUCCUCCCCCACAACAAACACUCUGUGAGGUGAGUGGGGCUGAGAGACUUCAAAGAAGUGUGACUGGCCCAAGGUCACCCAGAAGCUGCAUGUGGAGGAGCGGGGACGCGAACCCGGUUCCCCAGAUUACAAGUCUACUGCUCUUAACCACUACACCACACUGUACUUUAGAAUGUAUGAAUUUGUGGCUUAAUUUCCAAACAUCUCCAAACUGUGUGGUUGUUAAUGAAAAAUGAAUCUUGAGUCUUUGAGAGGAAAUAAAAUCUUGAAAGAGUAAGAUAUAGAUGGACAUGAAAAGAGUUGCUUCCCAUAUAAAAAAUGGGUAAAUUAUGGGUAAGGUGGCAUCUUCUUGUCCUGCAGACCCAGAGCAGUAGCUGUUCCUGAUCAGAGUCCCUACAGCCAAUAUUAUAGCCAGGCAUGUCUCUGGAGUGCUGAUUGGUUGCCUGGACAAGGAUGCACCUGAUCCUGAAAGGAUACAUGACGGUCUGCUUUGAGGAAUCAAGAUGAAGAUUAUACUGCAGGGCCUUGUUUACAAGCCCUUUCCAUCAGUAAUUUGUCCACAUGCCUCACUCAUUAAUUAUAUGUACUUCUUUCUAUGCCAAGUCCACCAAACUACAAUGUUCUACAUAUUUCCUCGAUAUCACUGAGCUACACUGACUCCUAAAGUGAUUGUGAUUUUCAGGCCUUGAUAUUGGAGAUAGCUUAUUGCAUCCACCUAUUAGUCUGUGCAGUUUUUGUUCCAGCCUUUGCAACUCUGCUUGAUGGUUAUACGCAAACACCACCAUAACAGAUAUUUAUGCAAAUUGUUCUGCACUCCUUUCUAAAAUACAUUUCUGUAUUCUCAAUAUUUCUCAACAUCUUCUUGGUUUGACAGGUGCCUAUCUUGUGCCAUAUUUAAUUUUGCUGCUGGUCAUCGGGAUACCGCUUUUCUUCUUGGAGCUUUCAGUGGGUCAGAGAAUUCGGCGUGGAAGCAUUGGAGUAUGGAAUUAUAUCAGCCCCAAGCUUGGUGGAAUUGGAUUUGCAAGCUGUGUAGUAAGUACUGCUUGCGUAGUAAGUAAUGUGACCUAUUUCCCAAGCCUUAGUGCAUACCGUGAGUUUUCCAAAUACCCUUUCAUUUUAAAAAGGAGCUAAUAUGCUGAAGGAUUAGCUUUGUGAUUUGCAGAGUACCUAAGAUUUAUAUAUUAAAACUAAGGAAGGGAUCUGUCUCAGUGCCCACAUAACUAUGAAACUAAUUAGCUGGCAUGCCACUUGUUUAGACUACAGAAGCCUCCCCGAAUUUGUGCCCUUCAGAUGUUUUAGGCUAUAACUCUCAUAAUUCUUGGACAUUGUCAAAGCUGCAUGUGGUUGAUGGGAACGGUAGUCCAAAACAAAUGGAAGCGGCAGGUUGGGGAAGGCUGGCAUAAGCAGGUAAGGUGCUAAAGAAUUUAUCUAUUUAUAUACCACUUACAUGCCCAAAUGGCUUCUAAAGUGGUUUACAAGUAUAACACCAAUUAUAAAUUCCAUACAUAACUAAAAUACACAGUAAAACAAGCCAGUUAACCAUUAAAACAGUUUAAAAAAUACUAAAACAAUUCGAUCAGGAAGCUCAAGUUCAGGGGAAGGCUUGCCUAAACAGGUGUGUUUUCAGGAGCUGGUGGAAUGCCAAUGCUGAUGGCACCUCUCAGCAAGAAGGGGAUAUAACUUUAAAACAGAGGAAAUGCACAUAAAAUGUUUGGAAUCUGCAGAUGCCGUCUAUCUUUUAAAGUGUGUUACCUGGCCAUGCAAUCGUUAUAUAGAUUGAAAAUCUCUUUUAGCUCCUUGGUUUGUGCUGAGGCAAAAAGCCAGUGGCAGAGUGGAGACAAAGGGAGAGUAACAACUGUAAUUUUACUUCUGUAUCAUAGGCUAGUAUGUAUACAUUUCCAUGUACCCCUUCCUGUCCUCUAUCUAGGCAAGCAAGGAUAUCCAGCUAGGAAGGGGGGGGGCACUUAGGAUUUGAAGCAGGACCAGUGAGGUUUGUUGUUGGGGAGAGUUUGUUUAGUCAAGAGGAGAAUUCUGACUGCCAGACAGAGUGGUUUGGGGGCUACAUUUAGCUCCUGAGCCUGAGGCUUCCCACCCUUGUGGUACACUGUAAGCUCAUGACUUAGGCCUGGCCCUGCCACAAGAUGUGAUGAAGUGACUUGCUUCAGGCAGCACCACAGCAGGAGUGUGUUUAAAUCAGUCACUCCCAAACGCAGCCCUCCAGAUGUUUUGGGCCUACAACUCCCACCAUCCCUAGCUAACAGGACCAGUGGUCAGGGAUGAUGGGAAUUGUAGUCCCAAAACAGAUGGAGGGCUGAGUUUGGGGAUGCCUGGUAUAAAUGAUGCAUCAAGACUUCAACAUGUUCUUUCUGAAGUUGGUGUUUGUUUCUGCAUCAGAUAAUAGAACUUGGCAAUUAGAGAGCCAUGUUAAAAAUGUUAUUUUCUAUGCCAAUACUAGGAAAAUUGCUUCUGAAAAUAUUUUACUUUUCCCACAGGUAUGCUUUUUUGUGGCCCUAUACUACAAUGUCAUCAUUGGAUGGAGUUUGUUUUACUUUUCUCAGUCCUUUCAGCACCCGUUGCCAUGGGACCAAUGUCCUUUGGUGAAAAAUUCUUCACAUACUUGUAAGCAUCUAGUGUAUUAACCUACCUUCCUUCCUUCCUUCCUUCCUUCCUUCCUUCCUUCCUUCCUCCCUCCCUUCCUUCCUCCCUUCCCCUCCCUUCUACCCUCUGUUAGAAAACAUUUUAUAAGUUUUAAAAAUGCUACAGAGUACAAAAACCAAGCAAACUAAAGAGGAAAUCACUGAAAGCAAAUAUUUCGGUCCAAAACCCAGUGAAUUGUUUGCUGACUCUCUAGCAUUUAGAUUAAGAAUAUCUGAGCACCGCAGCACUUAUGUUUUGUAUAACCAUGCUGAACUGGAAUGUUUCAUAUUGUUAAAUUAAGUUAUUGAUCCUUCCCCAAAAUACUGCUUUUCCAGUAUGAUUCUUAGCAAUAACACUUGAUAGCUAGCAUAAACAAUGUUAUAAUUUAGAAAGGGGGGAAAAUCCAUAAUAUUUCCAGAGGUUUUUUUAGUUAGUGGUCUAACUCUUUUAUUUUGACAUAUAGACACUUUAAUUGAUUUCCUUGUGCAUUUAGUUGCUCCUUGAUUCAAUUUCCCCUUAUUGGGAGUUUUAAAACUCAUAGUACUGGAAAGGAAACAUUUCCAUUUGUUUAGUUUGGCAGAGAUACUUAUGGUAGAUUUUGUAUGUUAUUGUAACAGAGUAUUGUACAUAUAUAUGUAUAUAUAUAUAUAUAUAUAUAUAUAUAUAUAUAUAUAUAUGUAGUAUCUGGCAUGCCAGAAAAGCAAAAUCAAAGAAUUAUGAUAUGGUAGAGUUUGUCUUAAAGAUGACACUUUCUGAACAUCCACAGUGGUCUUUUUUGACUUGGCCUGACACUAGCAUCUUCACUGCCCAUACUUGGGAACCACCUUCAAAUGCCACUUUGAACUAAAUCCAGGGAAUGUUAUCACACAUUUAUGAAUGUUGUAAGAACAUGACAGCUUUGAUCUGAGAAAAGUACUGUGAAUCUCGAAGGUGACAGUCCCAGAUCUUGCCUCUGGCAGGUCACAUCAACCAGUUACGUUGACAGGAAUCAAAUGAGGUGGAAAGAUUUAAUUUUUUCUUAGUAUUAUACAGUCAUACUUUGGUUCUCGAACGGAAUCCAUUCCAGAAGUCUAUUUGACUUCCAAAAACAUUUGAAAACCAAGGCAUGGCUUCUGAUUGGCUGCAGGAGCUUCCUGCACUCAACUGGAAGCCACAGAAGCUGAGUUGAACGUUCGGCUUCCAAAAAACAUUCGCAAACCGGAACACUCACUUCCAGGUUUGCGGCGCUCAGGAGCCAAAACGUUCGAGUCACAAGGCAUUCGAGAACCAAGGUACGACUGUACUUGUGAUUAUGUUUUUCAUAUUUUAAACAUUAUUAAAAUUGUUUUAAAUAUGGAAGAUGCUAUGGAUUUUGAAUUGUGGCUAAAAGGGAGGAUUCAACGAGUGAAUUCCAUUAGUGGAAGCCCUGUGCAAGAGCUUCUGCUUUUGCAGUGGGGCUUCCACUGCACCCCAAAAAUCGGCUCAGGGGGCAGGAGAACCCCAAAACAUAAUGUAAGGGGGAAAGAGGAGGAUCAUUCCAUCUGAUAAGCCAAAACACUUGCUCUGACGGAAUGAUCACCUUAUUGUGACAUUGAAUUCCAGCCAAUGAUUUUAUUAAGUAAGUAAAUAAAUAAAAAUAUGGAUCUGACUCAGAAAUACAGUACAUGUUUUGCAAAACAUGAUUUUAACCCAGGAGUCACUUGGAUCCCACUGAUCAGGGGAUGACCCAAAUGCCACAUGUCCCGGUUACAUAGGCCUGCAUCACUGGUUUACAGAAUGAUGAGCCUGAGAUACCUGUCAGUCUCAGCUACAUUAUCCCAGCAUAUAGGCUGGGAUUUUGAUCUCAGGCUUCCUGAGGACUGGUUUCUUUUACCUAUGUUACACCAAAUGUUAAGAGCUAUAACAUUCAAGCAUCUCUUCUCGGCUCUUGGUCAUCUGCUGCAUCAACAUUUAUCGCUCACUCUAAUGGUUUGUUUGUUUUUAAGGUUUUAGUGCAGUACACAGGAAUAGAGAUAGUCACAUCUGUUCAGAAAAGUCUCUACUAAAUCCACUAUGAAUGUAAGCCCAUGCAGGAACAUAACAGGAAUUUCCAAGCUGGAGUCAAAGUCCUUAAAAGUUCAAAAUUCUGAAAGCAGAAACAGAAUAAUUGAUUAACUUUUUAUUUAAAGUUUCUCCAGGGUCAGGGUUAAAAGAUACAUUCUAAAUUUACUUGGCUAAUUUUAAUAGUAGCAUUUGUAUUGUUUUUGACCGAAACAAAAAGGUGCAGGUUCUGAAACAUUUUUGUGUAAUGUGCUGCAUAUUUCCUGUUCCUCUAUCAACAUUUACACUAAACACAUAAAUAAGGGUAAUUGAAUGUCACACUAAUUAUUUCCUUAUUCUAUUUAUUCAAUUUUCCUAAACAUUAAGCAAAAAAAAAACACAAAAAAUCAAAAUAACAAAAACCAAGAGAACAAUUGAAAUACUUGUGAAUAAUCAGACUAUAUUAUGUCUACUUUUAUAUCCAUGGGAAUUAGGCAAUAACUCAUGGCCAUAAUGAAAUAAUUCCAUUCUGGCAUAUCAUGAAGCAUAAUAGAAUGCAAUCUAUCUCUAGGCUUUAAUUAUCUCCUGGUGACCACAUGCCUUGAUCUCCAAAUAAUAAGAGAAACAAAUCUUAAUUGCAUUUCUAAUAAUAUUUUUUCCUUUGCCUGAAGCAAGUAUACCAGCAACCUUGAAAGUUGCCUUGACAGUUUGUUGCACAAAUUUUCGUUAUGAGAUACAUGAUACUUGCUAGCUUGGUGUUACGUCUCAGUACUCAAAUGUUCCCAGCGCAAACAGAGAUUAUGGUUACUGUAAAGUAACAGACUUUCCUUCUCUAAAUAACUUGACAUUAAAUACAUAGUUUCAGGAAGAGGUUUUUAAAAUUGACUGCACUCUGCCCUUUGCUUAAUUCAGUGGCAAAGCUCACAUUUAUGUGAUCAUAGUAGGAUCACAGCCCUUGGCUAAGUUCCUUAUUCCAGGGGAUCUCAACUCAGGUCUCGCUGAAUGGGAAUUCCCUGCAGGAACAGAGUUCAAGAAUAUAGUACUAAAAGAAUAAAUACAUUUUAAGAACCAUUUACAUUUAUAUAAACACUGUAUCAAGUUUCCGAUGUACAGGAUUCUCAUAUUCUUGACAAAAGUUGCAUUGUGGAAUUUUUAAGUCUGCAGUACCUAUGCACAGUUGCUUGGGACACAGUCUCAUUGAACCCAAUUGAACUUAUUCCUAAAUAAACAUUUAUAGGGUUGGACUUUGACAAAGUCUGAUAUAGUUCUUGUUCUAGUUCAUGCAUCAUUUGUAAAGCACUAUAUAUAUGGAUGACGCUACAUUGCUGUUGCUAAUAGUUGUAGUGGUGGUGUAAUUGAAAGGAAGUCCGAUGGAGUGUACAUGUCUUGCUGUUCAACAAGUAAAUGAAUGUAGAAACUCUUCUCAAGGUCUUGUUUUAGUAGCAAGAUUUUAAAAAAACACUUAUUAGAGAAUUACAGUAAUGCCUGUUUGUCAUGAUCACAGUCCCAUAGUAGGAAGACAUUGCUUUGGAGAACAGGGCUCUUGGAUUGAUUGAUUGAUUGAUUGAUUGAUGGAUGGAUGGAUUGAUUGCAUUUCAAUCUUGCCCUUCCCCUCUAAACUAAGGGUGGAAAACAGCAGAAUAGCAAAGUAAUGCAAUUUCCCCCCAAAAACCUUCUAAAAAUUAAAUUAUUUAAAAACAUUAAGAACUUCUAGAGCUAUUUAAAAAGUUCUGCAGAAGAGGGAAUUAUAGCAGCUGCAGCUUUCCUCAUUACUACAUUACAAAUUGUAUGUGCUAAUCCCAUUUUUUAUAGAUCCCUUAAAAGUACUAAUUCCAGAUAUGAGGCAGGGCCCAGUCAAACCAUCCUUUGGUGGGCUCCCUUCCUCUGUCAAUGGGCCCUCACACAUUUGUCUGCACAACACUGAGCAGUUGACUGACGACACCUUUUUCAUUCCCCCCAUGCUUCAGAAUAAUGCCUUGUCUGGUUCACCAUGGAAACUUACAAGUGUCUAGAUCCUUUUAAUCAACACUGCUUAGGUUUGGACCAAGAAAAAAUAGAUAAAGGGGAGGUGGCAGAGCAGGCAUUGGGGGUGGGCCCUGGCAACUCCCCUCAAAACUCUAGGUGCUGAUAUUGGUCCUGGGCACCAGUGAUCUCUUCUCCUGUGUGCCUUGUCAGUUUACGAUAUGGACAUAUUCCAUGAAGGCUAGAAAUUAAAAACAAACACAACUCCCACCUGUCCAAGAUAGAUUACCUGCAGAUGUGGUGCUGUACUGAUUCAAAAGAAUGGAAAAAACCAAAGCACUUGACCUGCAUUUUCCAAUGUGUGUGUCUGCAUAAGCCACAAGUGGCAGUACCAUGUUAACAAACUAUAGGAAUUAGAAUGCUUUGUAGAACUGUCUACAUGUUGCUUUCUAUUUAGGAUCCAAUUAAUAUUUUAGAUUGCCUUUUCCUUUUCUGAUCAGUUGUGGAGCCAGAGUGUGAAAAAAGCUCUGCAACAACGUAUUACUGGUACAGAGAAGCACUCAAUAUUUCUAGCUCUAUCUCAGAGAGUGGAGGUCUAAACUGGAAAAUGACGAUCUGCUUGCUGGCUGCUUGGGUUAUGGUGUGCCUAGCAAUGAUUAAAGGGAUCCAGUCUUCAGGCAAAGUGAGUAGUUCCCUUUUUGUUUUCUUUAAAACUGAUUUAAGUCUUCUUCACAUUUGCCACCUGAAUUCUUCACCACCACACCCUUUUGUCUAUCCUCCCAUAAAGUUUGCAUGGAAAGGCUGGCAGCUAUGACUCACCAUGCUUUUCUGUAAUCUCUCCAGUGGAGAAAUGUUGGUACAUCAACAUUAAGAUCGUAGUCUAUUAAAUACAGAAACCAUACUUGGAUAAAAAGAGAGGGAGUGUUGCGGUAUGAGAACCUUUGUUUUGUUUUCAUUUGCCAUAGAUAAUUCUUAUAAUUGCAUCUUGGUGCAUAAUUAAAAAAGAAAAAGGAAGAAAACACAACAAAGAAAUGGGAUUUGUAGUUGGCUUUCUCAGGAUGGAUUUCUGUUUCUGGAUCUGGACUGCGUCCAUGAAGCAAAUUGCCAGGCCAAGUGUCAAAGAUUAAGUGUUCAGGAUGUCAAUGCCCAAAGGAGACACCUAAAAGGAAGACAGGGAACCACAUGCUAGACUGUGAUUCUUCAUGUGGUCUGCAAGUGGAGAAAUGGACAUUAAAAAGCAUUUGAUGACACCAAUUGUGUAUGGGAGGCUUGUGAAAAAUGAGAGCCCAGAGCAGCAGAGGCAUUGGAUGAGGCAAUGGAUAGAGGCCUUGUUUUCAGAGGCAUGGUUGCUCUGGAAGAAAAGCAGAAGCAGUGGAGAUGUGAGUUCAGCACUGGAGCCAGAGCUAACAACAUAGGGCACAAAGGGAAGCAGAGGGUCAAGAUGAGUAGAAGCUCCAGCAGCAUUUGCACACAAAAAUGUCCAGCCCUACUGCACAUUUCUCAUUGCACAUUCCAUGCAACCAUAAUAUUCUGGGGAUCAGGGUAAGAAUGAUAAAAUUGAUCUGAAGAUAAUUUCAUACAGAGUGACCCUCCACAGUCUAUGCACCUACUUUUCCUCUGCCAUUUGCCAGUUUCUAAAUUGCUAAUACACAUGCCUGAUGUUUGAUCCAUCUAUGACUGUUUUGGAACAUGUGACAGUUUACUUAAAGGAUUGGCUUUUUUGGGAGUUUCUAUUGCAAUAGGAGAUGCAGGGGGAGGGGUGCUCUUUAUGGAAUGUGCAGAUACUAUCCUUUCUUUGAUGUACUUUUGCUGUGACAUGUCCCAGAUUGAAGAUAGGAGUUUGCCAAGGAAGUCAUACAUACCCUGCCCUGAUUCUUCUUUCUGCAAGUGGUCCUGACUCACCAGUCAAAUGAGUGAUGUCUUCACAGAAUGAGUUGGGUGAAAAUACUCACAUGGGAACUCUUGUCAUGGCCACCUUCCCUUAGGGCUAGAGGACUGAGUCAUGCCAGAAUGUGGUAUAAUAAAACUCGUGGCAAAUAAAAGCAGAUUAUUAUUAUUAUCAUUUUUCACAGGGUGCUUCAGAUAAGCACAAUUCACUGGGAAAUUCUCUUUCACAAGCUUCAUUUUUAGUGGAACUUACACAUUAUGAGUCCCUCACAGAUUAUUCCAUUAGAUCCAAGACUCAUGACUGUACAAUGCAAUCUAACUUUCAUGGGACUAAAUCCCCAUGUGGGGAUGUAUGCUAUUGCACAUCCCUACAAAUUCAGCUUCUCAAUUUCAUCUUCCCAGAUUAUUAGUUUAUAUAUGAGAUUGUGGUGGAACAGUUGCUAAACUCUUAUUUCAGCAGUAAUAUAACUUCUGGUGCAGAAAUGGUUUCCUAUUAUGACUGUUAUUAUUUUAUUUUCUUAACUAAAAUAUAGCCAGUACAAAAUUGUUGUUGUUGUUUUAUGAUGAUGAUGAUAAGACUCGAAAGGCAGACUUUUUAAAUAUCUUUUUACCAGGUGGUAAUUAUAAUAUCAAGUUUCUUCCCACUCCUUCCAUCCUCAGAGUCACAAGAGCCUUAACUCCUAAAUUCCCUGUUUGUAACACAAAGCAGAGUUAAAGGACUUCAGCUCAGAACAAAAUCCUUAGUCACAGUCUUGGAUCCAAAGCUUCCUUCCCUGACAGAAGGCAUCCUACUGUUGGAACAAGAUUCCCUCCAUUAAACAAAGGAAAAUUGGGGCCACAUCUGCAGGAUACAUUUAAAGCACCAUGAUAUCACAUUAAACAGCCAGAGCUCCACCCACCUCAGCCCUGGGAAGUGCAGUUUGUUAAGAGUUGCUAGGAAACCCCCUAUUCCCCUCUCAAAACUAUAAUUUCCAAAGUGGUUCAUUAAACCCUUCCUCCAGGGAACUCUGGGAAUUGUAGCUCUGAGGGAAAUAGGGGGUCUCCUUACAAUUAUCAGCAUCCUUAACAAGCUACCGUUCCCAGGAUUCUUAGGGGGAACCCAUUACUGUUAAAAUGUUAUAAUAGUGUUUUAAAUGUAUGGUGUGGAUGUGGCCUUAGAUUUAACCCAGAGGCUCUUGUGUGCCACCCUUUGGAUGUGUAUUGCUUUCCCAUCUCAGCAACAAUUUCCUUUCCCUUCCUUGUAUUAACUGUCACUACAAUUUACAUGUGCACUGAAGUAAACCCUAGUAAAAUGCAAACAUUGUUCCCUCAUAACUACAAUGCCCCACUUUGAACCAUGAUUCCAAUCCCUCAGGGAGUGAUGGUUUAUUUUAGCCCUGGUUGUUAUCCAUCUAGCAUGAAAUAACUCUAGAAAGGGAAGAAUGGGAAGGAAAAGGGGUCAAGGGGCACAUUCCUGGUGUUCACUCCCAAUGUGCAAAUUGUGCUUUACAUGUAUGUUGAUGUGCUGAAUACAACGCAAGGAUCCUCCUUUUCCUGUUGAGUAUUUGAAUAAAGUUGGAGCCUUGGUCAGAAAACAAGGAGUUGUUGCAAAUAAUGCAUUGGUCAAAUACAUGGCCAAAUCACUAAAAUGCAUUCAUAUCCUUUCAUGUUGAAGUCCCUUUCUUAAUAGCACCGCAAGUGGCACGGUAUACUUCAAAGUGUUUCAAAAUAUUUCUUACUUCACAUGAUUUGUUUCUUCUGAUAAACAAGAGCAAGCUAUAAUUCUGCAAUUCUUCAGAUCUCUGAAGCAAGCACACAAUGCCAUGACGGGCUUUGGGAAUGUCAGAUGACCUUAGGUUUCUGAAUGCACUGCGGAUGUGGUUAGACUGUGGAAGACAAGGGCCAUUAAUGGGUUUUAUUUUAACAUUCCUUUCGUAUUUUUCAGAUAAUGUACUUUAGCUCCCUUUUCCCUUAUGUGGUACUUAUAUGCUUUCUAAUCAGAGGGCUGCUCUUAAAUGGAUCACUGGAUGGCAUUCGUCACAUGUUUACACCUAAGGUAUGUACUUGGUUUCUGCCUAUUAUGUUUGAUUGCUUUUGACAUUCGUUUCAUGCCUGAAUAGUUUGCAUGAACUCUUGUUUCAAGAUCAGAUUAUAUUGCAGUUAGGUGGAAGAAGUUAACUGAGUUGGUGUGUAUCUGCUGUACAACAUAAGCUCCAUUAACAAAAAAAUAAAUAAAAAUCUCAUCCUUUUUACACUAUUCAAACCAAGGCUGUGUACACACUACCAUUUACUCUGCAUCAAAUACACUCCCAUCACUGGUUUGGGAAGCAGUGUAUAUGUGAUGUUAGCCACAAUCUAUAUCUAUCCUGCUAUAUUGUCCUUUUAAAAAAAAUAAUAAUGAGGUACUGCAUUUUGAUGCAUUCCCCACUUAAGAGUUUAGAUCUGAAUUGAGAAAAGGAACGGCCUAGUUGUGCUUUAAGCUGGUAAUGUCUACACUGCCAAAAUCUCAGCCCACAGGGAAUAGGGACUUUUCUAUCCAGUUAGCACUGUCUGCACAGCGACUUUAUUCACACCCAUUCUAGUGGUGCGGGAUCACACAACAGGAAAGCUGCUUCGUGUGUGUGUGAAACCUACUUCAGAUUACAACCUCCACUUCUUCCAUAAACGUAUCCAGUCAAUCUGAUUGAGAUUAUAUAGUAGGGUAGCAUGGGGUAACUAAUCCAACAUUCAACAGUCUUGAAUAUGGUUCUACAGACAGUUGCUUAUGCCAGGCAUGGUCAUUCACCUCUGGUACAAAGUGCUUCUUGUGCUAGGGCUGGACAAAGAUUCUAAGAGGGGCAUAUCAAAAGUGACCCACAGCAUGACCCAUAAAACACAAAGCCUCUGCCUCCAUGCAGUACCCUCUUGGAAAAUUCCCACUCAACAAUUGAGAGCCAGUGUGGUGUAGUGGUUAAGAGCGACAGACUCGUAAUCUGGGGAACCGGGUUUGCGUCUCCGCUCCUCCACAUGCAGCUGCUGGGUGACCUUGAGCUAGUCACUCUUCUUUGAAGUCUCUCAGCCCCCCUCACCUCACAGAGUGUUUGUUGUGGGGGAGGAAGGGAAAGGAGAAUGUUAGCCGCUUUGAGACUCCUUAAAGGGAGUGAAAGGCGGGAUAUCAAAUCCAAACUACUCUUCUUCUUCUUCUUCUUCUUCUUCUUCUUCUUCUUCUUCUUCUUCUUCUUCUUCUUCCUUUUCCCAGCGUCCAUCUCAUAAUUUCACUCUCCACAACGGCUGCCCCACCUCAUCUUGGCCAAUAAGGAUGUAAUCUUUUAUUUAUUAUAUUUCAAUACCCAAGAAGUUCAAGGUAGCAUUCAUGGAUCUGCUCCCUAUACCAUUUUAUCCUCAGAACAAUCCUGUGAGGUAGGCUGAAAGGUAGUGACUUGGCCAUGUUCACCUUGUGGCCAAUGACUGACUGAACUCCCCUGAUCAUAGCGUGAGUGGUUUCAUAUUUAGUUUAGAAUAUGGAGGCUUCCUGCAUCAUUCAUGAAACAGGUUUAGCGUGUCAAAAUCCACUCAAACAACAAUCUCAUUGACUUUGCCAAAGGUCAAGUUAUGCUCCCACAUUACAUACAUUCUAGAAACAUUUUCUCUUAAUUUACUGUAUUUAUUGAAGAAAUCAGGAGUUUCAGUUGCACUGUUUAGAAGCCACAUGUGCCUCACAACUCAGUUUCGUGCUUAUUCACCUACGUGCGCACACCCCUGCAUAUGCAAAGGCUUACGUGUUCUCUGUCCUGUAACAAAGUGGGUUAAUGUGAAAGCAUCAGGUAGGAUCAUAGAAUUGGAAGGGACCCCAAGGAUCAUCUACUCCAACCCUCUGUAAUGCAGGAAUCUCAUCUAAAGUAUCCAUGGCAGAUGGCCAUCCAACCUCUGCUUAAAAACCUCCAAGGAGGACGAGUCCACAACCUCUCUAGGGAGACCAUUCCACUUCCACAGUCCAGAAGAGGACUGCGUGAUAAAAUGAUGGCAAGACUCUAGAGCAGGGCACCUGUAGCCCUCCAGAUGUUGCUGGCCUACAGUCUUCCUCAUUCCUGAGCAUUGGUCAUGCUGGCUGGGGCUAAUAUGUGCCCAACAAACUCGAGGGUCACAGGUUCCCCACCUGUAAUCUGGGAAUAAGGCCCAUUGAACACAGUGGAGCUUACUUUGAGCAGACAUGAAUGAGGUUGCACUGGAAAUCUUGUCCUGUUGGGAAGUUAUAAAAUCUACUUGUGUGUUCAAAUGGUUGGUUUUACUCGCUAUCUUCUAGUUUCUGUUGUGGAAAACUCACAAGUCCUUAGUCAAGAUCAUUCAUACAAAGUAGCCACAAGUGUCUGUUAAAAAGACACUCCCUUCCCUCUAGGUAGGUAGAAGACUGGGAGCAUUACUCAUUUCUUAAUGAUGAAAAACUAAGCCAGAGAAUGAUUAAGAGAUUUAGGAAAAGUCACACGGGAAGUCUCAAGCCGCAGCUGGAUUGAACUGAGAUCUUGCUAAUCCCUCUGUAGAUGGGAACCCCUGACAGUAUAUAAGAAUUUUUUUCUUUCACAUUUUCUGUGCACACCUUAAACAAGUAGUUUUGUGUGGACAGGUUUACAGAGAAGUAAUGGUCUUUUGGCAGACAGAGCCGAUCGCAAAAUCCAUUGGGUAAACUGCUUCCUUGACAAAAUGCUGCUUUUCCUUCUAGUUUCUUAUGAUUACAUUUAGAUCCCACCUUUCCACCAAGGAGUUCAAGGUAGCUCCUUCUCCCUCUCUUCAUUUUACCUCUCCAUUGUCUUCAAGAAGGAGAGAAAGAAAGAAUGUUUCUGACAUUUUGCUGCUUGCCCCCACAAGGGUCAAGCAAACAAAAGUUUGCAAAAGAAAGAAAGAAAACAAAAAAGCCUUGGUGAGCACUUGCAAAGCAACCUCUAUCACCACCCCUUCAAUUCCUCUGCCCCAGGGCCCAGAAACCUGGAGCCUAACUACAUGUGACAUUAAAGAUGUGAUUAGUGGUAAUAACAAUAACAAGCAUGGUGUAUCAAGAUUGCUGGGAGGGGAUAUUUAAGCCUAUAGUGAUAAUGGGAGCCCCUCCCUAAUUUUAAUUGCAUAGGAGGCAGGAGGAUUUCAUGAGGACUCUAGAUAGGGAGGGAAGGUUUAAACCAUUCCUCUAAACUUCUCUGUGUGCAGCAACUCCUCCAUGCUUGGUAUUUUUGUGUGUGCACAAUAUCUCUGCCAAUCAUAGCAGCUAUGUCACAUGUAGCUGGGCUUUUACCUUCUGAAAAAGUAAAAGAAGAUAGACGCAGUGGGCCACCUCCUUCUCAUGUCCCAAGGGUGAGCUUGUAGGCCUUGGCAUUGCCAGAAGGUGAAGAGACAAGAAUGAAACUAAUCCUCUGGCUCAGUGGCCAGCAAGGGCAGGGAAAUCUGGUCCUCAGGAUCUUCUUCAAAUAUCCACUGCUUUAAGCUGAGACAUCUUCCUAGAGGGGCUUCCUGGACAUUUUGUAAUGCCAGGUUCCUUGAAGUCAUCUCAACGCAGGCUAGUCACAUCAGGGGCAAAAUCAGAAGCCAAAAUUUGGUGCCUCCCCUGCCUCUCACCUUCCAUUUUGCUCAGUUCACUACAUCAUAGUUGUAGCGCACUGAGGCAUCUCUUAGAACUGGUCAUACUGCCCUAAACUUGCUUCUCAUCGCAUUUAAAGGUAAAGGUAAAGGACCUCUGACAGUUAAGUCCAGUCGCAAAUGACUCUGGGGUUGUGGCGCUCGUCUUGCUUUUAGGCUGAGGGAGCCGACAUUUGUCCACAGACAGUUUUCCAGGUCAUGUGGCCAGCAUGACUAAACUGCUUCUGGCGAAACCAGAGCAGCACAUGGAAAUGCCGUUUACCUUCCCGUUGGAGUGGUACCUAUUUAUCUACUUGCACUUUGACAUGCUUUCAAACUGCUAGGUUGGCAGGAUCUGGGACCGAGCGAUGGGAGCUCACCCCGUCGCGGGGAUUUGAACCGCCAACCUUCCAAUCGGCAAGCCCUAGGCUCAUUGGUUUAGACCACAGCACCACCCGUGUCCCCUCAUCACAUUUACCUAGGACCAAAUUCCAUUAAACACAAUUGCAGUAGACGUAGACAGGACUUCACUGUAAACACAAACAUUAAUCCUAACUGUGAAACUAUUGGUCCAUCUAGAGUUAAUGUCAUCUACUCUGACUGGCACCUGCUGUCCAGGGUAUCAGAUAUCUUGCCCAGCCCUACCCAGGGAUGGCAGGGAUUGAAUUGAGCCCCCCCCCUGCAAAGCUUAUGCAUUCCCACUGAACCAAAUCCACCAAAAUUCUGCACAUGUUCACUCAGAAGUAAUUCUGAUUUGCUUCCAAGUGAGUGUGCUUAUGAAGGUAAUUGUACGUAGGAUGGCACCCUCAAAUCUCCAUUUCUAUCUAUUAAAUGAUGGGGUUAUAAGGCUUGAUAGGUAGGUUCCCCUGAAAUCAGUGAAAAUUACUUAACAUGCAUUUAGGGCAAAAUUGUAGGGAGAGCUUUUCCAAUUACAUGUAGAAUUCCCCAAGCCUUAGUUAGAUUUCUUCAAAGCAGUGGGCAUGUAGAAGGAUGACAUCCCAGUUAACCUCCGGUGGAAAUUCAAACAGAAUGAAGUAUGUAUAUUUAGCACCAUCUAGUGAGCAAACUUUGCCAUAACUGUACGGUGAUGCUUUGCCUCACCUGUGGCACUGUGUAGUGUUUCUAUGGAGAAAGUUUCCUGUCUAAAUGUUUUUAAUUAUACUUUAUAGUACAGAAAAAUCUCCUUUUACCUGUGGAAAAGAUUUAGGAGAUUAUUUAGAAAGUUUUGUAAUGCUGAAACAUUUGCUUUUAAUAGAAAUCAUAAUGCCUAAUAGAGAUGUAAAUAAUGGAACAAUGGUUUGUUUUGUGACUCUUUAUUUACUAUUAGAAGGCUUAUCUAGAAGGAAAACCUAUUAAACUCAGUAAUACUUUCUUCCAAGCAGGAGUGCAUAGUACUGCAUUAUAGUAAUUCUAAUGACAUCUAAAAUAUAUCUAAAAAUUCACCUUCAUUCUUUAUCUUGCUAAAAAUUUGUUCAGUUGCUUUGAUCUUCAUAGAAGAAAUCUCACAUACUCACAUCAACAUUAGCUGUCCUAGUUUCAUUAUUUAUUUAUUGUAUUUACAUGUGCAAUUUCUAAACCACCCGUCAUCAGUUAUGAUCACAUGGCAAUUUACAGUCAAACACCAGUACAGUAAACCAAAACAAUAAAAUUCCAGUAAUGCUUGGAAAACAGCUCCUGGAAUGAUAGUUUGCCUGUUAUUUUGGCAGCGACGAUAUUUUGCACCCUAUUCAAUUAACAACAUAGAAAUAAUAAUAAUGCAGUAGUGUCUAAAUAUUUUUUUGCUGCUUAUAAACACAGCUGCACAAAACCCUUGUUGACUGACAUUGAUGAAAGCUGUUUUUAAAGUGUGUGUGAUUAGCAAAUAUAUUGAUUUUUGGUUGAUGUAUUUCUUGUGAUGCAUUUUGACCAACCUGCAAUGCAAAAGAAUGAGACAAUGUACAGAAUGCAAAUUCAGUUUGUGGAUUGAACGUUUGAGUGUAAAAAUUAGGGUGCUGGGGGUUUUCUUCCUGGAUUAUUUGUUGCCUCUCCAUUUAGGAGAAAUGCUGUAUUUUGUAGCUGACAUGUAUUGUGUCUAAUUUCAAACAGCUUGAAAUAAUGCUGGAGCCCAAGGUCUGGAGAGAAGCUGCUACUCAGGUGUUCUUUGCCUUAGGGCUUGGAUUUGGUGGAGUCAUUGCCUUUUCAAGCUACAACAAGAGAGACAACAACUGCCAUUUCGAUGCUGUUCUGGUGUCCUUCAUCAAUUUUUUCACUUCUGUGCUGGCAACUUUGGUGGUGUUUGCUGUUCUGGGCUUCAAAGCAAAUAUCAUAAAUGAGAAAUGCAUUAUCCAGUAUGAAUAUUCAUUUCCUUAUCCAUUUUUAUAGUAUAUUUCACUUAGGAAUUCCCACAGCAAUUCUUUGGAUUGAUGGUGUGUAUGCCUAUAUUCCCUUGUGUUUUGCAGAAAUUCCGAGAAGAUUGUCAAUCUUUUGAAUGUCGGCAAUCUGAGCAAGGCUAUUAUACCUCAUCAUAUUAAUUUAUCUAGCAUCACAGCAGAAGAUUAUAAUUUGGUUUAUGAUAUAAUCCGGAAGGUCAAAGAAGAAGAGUUUCCCCUUGGUCUAAAACCUUGCCAGAUUGAAGAUGAACUUGACAAGGUGAGAGUGAUACUUCCAUCUUUGAUGCAAAGAUUACAGACUGUUUUAAUAAUCCUUAUUUUUUUAAAAAAAUAAUAUUUAUUAAUUUUCAACCGUUUAAAGACAACAAAGCAGAAAGACAGAAAAAGAAAGAACAAAAAACACACAAAAAAAGAAAAACAUAAAACUGACAAAGCAAAACACAAACCAUUUCAAACACAAAACAAUUUCAAUGUCUUAUCUUUCAUUCCCUUAUUUCCACGACCUCCUCACACCUCCCUUUUUGUUUCCCACUUCUAUUAAUUAUUUCAGCAAUUCCUUUCCAUCUUCCUCUGUUUUCUAUCCUAUAAUUAUCUUAACAUAUUCUAGCCUUAUUUUCCCUUUAAUACACUAUUAAUCUAUUUAUACUUAAUUCCUUAUAGCAUUUCUACUAAAGCCAUAUAAUUCCAUUCCAACAUUUUUCUAACAUUCAUUAUUUUUACAGUAUUUCUAUAAAAAGUCUUAAACUUUUUCCAGUCUUCUUCCACCAGCUCUUCUCCCUGGUCUCGGAUUUCUGCCAGUCGUUUCCGCCAAUUCCAUAUAGUCCAUCAACUUCAUCUGCCAUUCUUCCCGAAUGGAUAAAUCUUGUGUGUCUUCCAGUACUUCACAAUGAGUAUUCUUGCUGCUAUUGUUGCAUAAAUGAAACAAAUUCUAUCCUUCUUUAACACCAAUUGGCCGACCAUGCCCAGGAGAAAGGCCUCUGGUUUCUUCGAAAGGGUAUAUUUAAAUACCUUUUUCAUUUCGUUGUGAAUCAUCUCCCAGAGUGUCUUAAUCCUUGGGCAUGUCCACCAAAGGUGGACUCUAAUCUUCAAAUUCGUAUGUUUUUCUUUAAGUUCAGUCAUAGCAAGCGUCAACUUAUGUUUAUCCAAUUGCCUCUGUAGGGCUGUUUUAAUAAUCCUUAUUAUAAUCCUUAUUAUAAUCCUUAUUGACUGCAGGACAAUUUUGAUAUUUAUAUAUAUUUUCCACUUCCUAAUAGCUAAUAGCUUUUCUGACUCCAUUGUUCUGCUCCCUCUUUCCUCCUCCUUCUCUCUUCAUUGAUUUUGCCCACCUUAUACAAUAUUUUGACUUGAUUUGCCCCUGUUUUGCCACCCAGGUUUAAUGCUUUGGCUUUCUCCUUGGCAGGCUGUUCAAGGAACUGGUCUAGCUUUCAUUGCCUUUACAGAAGCCAUGACCCACUUUCCUGCUUCUCCUUUCUGGUCAGUGAUGUUCUUCCUUAUGCUGGUUAAUCUGGGGCUUGGCAGCAUGUUUGGAACCAUUGAAGGCAUCACGACACCAAUAGUUGAUACUUUCAAAGUGAGAAAAGAAAUUCUGACUGGUGAGUUGUUACGGAUUUCUUUUCUUCAGUUCUACUUCAUUCUAGGAAAUGUUAACAAUCAAAAUGAUCCGCUUGGAGACAUGGGGGCAGAAAAUUCCAUUUCUACCAACACGAAACAAGUUGCCAAAAUUUUGCAGCCAUAAUUCUUCACAAAUAAAAAGAAACGAGACCUAAUUAUAUUAGGGGUUCCUAUAUUAAAAAGAGUGACAAGUGAGCCACAUAUUCUGAACUCAUAUAUUUGACAGUGGUUUGUUCAGAAACAUGGUAAAGGGUAAAGGAAACAUGGAUAUAUCAUUCAAGGACAUAAUUUAGUACAGAAGCCUGAAAUCUUUCUUUUUCAAAGCAGAGUGCUAUUUUCUCCUGUUCUGAUUACCAUUCAUCCAUUCCUGUACUAUUUAGCUGAAGAGUCAUAUUUCAAUGGUAAGGCAAUUGUUUUUCAUUGCAUAAAGUCCUGGGUUCAAACCCCAGCACCUCCAGGGAGGGCUAGGCAUGCCCCUGGUCUGGAACCCUGUAGAGUCACUGCCAACCUGUGUACACAAUAUUGGACUCGAUGGACCAAUGGUCUGACUUGGCAGCGAGGAGAUACAGUAGUUUGUUUUGUUUCUGAAUGCAGGAGAACCUCUCUUCACAAUUCUGGAUACUGAAACCACUAUCUCUACAUUUGUUUGCUUGUUUGUUGUACUUAUUUAUACAGGGCAAGUCCUUUAAAAGAGGCCCAGUGGAUACAGAGUACACAUGUUCCACAGGGCCUCUUUUAAAAGACUCACCCUGUAGUUACAGUAUUUGUGUCUCUUCAUACAACAUGAAACCAAGCAUAAGAGCAAGAAUAAAAUAGGAACCUAAAAUGCUCAUCCAUAAAUAUAUAUAUAAGGGCAGAUCCAAAUCAAACCCAACCCAUGGCCAAGUUGAGCACGAUCAUUUUUACAGUUAGAGGAGGUACCACAUUCACUUAAUCAUGAAAUCUCCCAUGUCAGGUGUUCACUUCUAGCAUUUUGAGGGGUGUGAGGGUCAGAGUGGGGAAAGGCUCAAGUCCAUUCUCAGUCUCACCACAUCUGGAGGUGAAGGGUAGGGAAGAAAUGAGAGAACAAUCCCCUUGUAUUCCCUUACUUUACAAUAGCCUCUUCCGUGCAAGAAGAAAAGAUACUGUAUCCACUAACCCAAAAAAAUAAUAAUAAUCAGAGAAGCACUGUAUCUAGAAUAUAUCAAGAAUAUGAAUGGAUGUUUGAUAUCUCUUCCCUUAUCUUACUUCUGUGCUUUAUUGCAGUUGUCUGCUGUCUUCUGGCCUUUUGCAUUGGCUUAAUAUUUGUACAGCGGUCUGGUAAUUACUUUGUAACUAUGUUUGAUGACUAUUCAGCCACAUUGCCUUUGCUUAUUGUCGUCAUUUUGGAGAAUAUUGCCAUGUCUUAUGUUUACGGGAUAGACAAGUAAGUGCACAUCUUGAGUUGUUCAUAUAGCUAACAUUGUUGGCAAUUAUGAGCAUCACAAAACCAUACAUUAGCAGCAGCCCACUUGAACUAAUGAUGUUCUUUUUUCUCCACUGCCUCUCCCACUCCAGAUUCAUGGAAGACCUAAAGGAUAUGCUUGGCUUUUCACCAAAUCCGUACUAUUACUAUACAUGGAAAUAUAUCUCCCCAAUUGUUUUGUUAUCUUUGCUGGUAGCUAGCAUUGUCCAAAUGAUAUUAAGUCCCCCUGGUUACAAUGCAUGGAUUGAAGAUAAGGUGAGUGAUGAUUUUUAAAAAGAAACAUGCAUCACCAAUGACUGUAAGUUUUAGGCAUAUAGAGUGCAUAUAUGACCACAUAGAUUCUUUUUGCAUUGUGUUUUAUAAAUGCACACAAAGUGCACAGUGCUGCUAGAUCACUGCAGCAACCUUGUAAAUAACCCUACAAAAAUAAAAUAAACUCUGCAGACAGAUUAAUAGCCUGUAUUUUUAUAGUAGCUGUUGAGAAGGGGACGUUUCUCCUCCUCUGUAGCCAGCAUGGAAACAUAGAACAGGACAUCUUAACAGUCUGGAAAACAGACUUGUGUGAGAGAGAUGGAGUGAUCCAUUCUUCCUCUACUAGCUUACUGUGUUUUAAUGCUUGUUGUGAAGGUAGAGACUUAUCUUCGUCCGCUACUGGCAUAGAAACCAAGAGGACUUGCAAAAGAAUGACAGAAUGAUCUAGAAGGGGGCAUCCACCUGCUCUAUCAGCUUCCUCACUUGCCUGCAUGAAUCCCUUGUUGCCAAUGGCGGUCAGAUGAAUUGUUACAUACAAGGCUAUAUGGCACAAAAAGGGACUUGAUCUAAUUACCCUACAAUUGCAUGAAGGUUGUCUUUUAAGUGUUUUAUUAAUGCUCAUAUAUGUGCAUUGGUGAUGUGGAGGAUGUAAAAGGCCUGUAUUAAUGGAAGGAGCUGUGUGGCAGACUGUGGGCACAUAGUUCACAACUGCACACAGUUUGCAACAUAAAAAAGAACAGAAGAUUCUUAAUGCAUCAAUUGUACUUUUGGGGGGGGGGGGGACAGGGGAAUUUUGGAAUUUCAAAAACCAGGGAGAAAUUUGGAUAAGGAGAAUUUUGGAAACACCUCUAUUUCUGCACUUACAAUUUGGGGAGGAAUUAAUGAAACAACUUAAAAAAGAAAGGUUUCUGAGAGAGCAGUACAAGCCUAGGCUUAAGGAAGGCAGAUGUGCAAAUGAUCUUUCUGAAUUUUUUCUUGGUCUAUGCAGGCGACCGAGGAAUUUCAAAACUACCCAACCUGGGGGCUGAUAGUCUGUGUGUCCUUGAUUGUUUUUGCAAUGCUCCCUGUCCCGGUAGUCUACCUGAUUCGCCGCUGCAACCUUAUCGACGAUAGCUCUGGCAGUUUGGCAGCGGUUUCCUACAAAAGGGGGCGUAUUAUAAAGGAGCCUGUGAAUCUCGAGGGAGAUGACACCAGCCUGAUUCAUGGCAAGAGUCCAAGCGAGGUGCCGUCUCCAAAUUUUGGCAAAAACAUAUACCGGAAACAGACUGGUUCUCCAACUGUGGACACUGCCCCCAAUGGCCGCUAUGGUAUCGGUUACAUAAUGGCAAACAUGUCGGAUAUGCCAGAGUCUGACUUGUAG